AUGUUUUUGGAGAUCUGCACAAAGAGUUUUAUCAUAGACACGCAUGCCAACAGCGGUCAGACCUUGUGGCGUCAUGUCGUAACCAGCAUCUUGGCUCAUCCAAACGGCUGGGAGGGCGCUCAGCGGACGAACGUGCGAUGCGCCGCCGCACACGGUAGUCUGAUUUCCGACACAGAAGACGGUCGAGCGCAGAUCCGUUUCGUCACAGAAGCCUGA